GCGCAGGUGUGGGCAGUGUUGUUAUUCGCAUGGUGACUCGCUGUCAGGGAGCACGGUGCCGAUUAGGGAGGAGAUCGGCAGCCGCGCUUUAACUCCUGCAGUGUCAGUGUCCUGUCUUGGUACCAAGCUGCCAUGCUCGUCCAUUCCGGGGGGUGUAGAGGCUUGCCAGCUCUCAGCAAUGUAGUCGGCGGCGGCGCCGGGGACGAGUGGGCGCUGUGAAGCCGAGAGGUAGCCCGGAUGGGCUGUAUAUGCGGACUGCAAUGACCCGCCUGUGCUCCCCAAGCCGGCCUUGCAGCCUGCUUGUCCUUGCUUUGCUGCAACUGGCUUUCGUCCUCUUCCUGUACCGCCGCAGCCUCUCCAACUCCUUCACCAGUUUGCUGUAUGAGGAUGACCACGGCGGCCACUGGGAUUACACGAAAACCCACGACGUUUACACCAAUCUCAGCCUGAUCACCCCAGGUCCUGACCGGGAAACUUUAGUACAGUGUCCCGCCCAGUCGCCGCUGCUUGAAUAUACAUUUCUGUUGUCAACAUUUACAGUUGGACCAUUGACAAUCAGCUUUCAGAAAAUUCCAAUUAUGAGCAAAAUUGAAAGAAAAAAUCCAUAUGUAAAAUCUGGUGGGCGGUACACUCCUCCACACUGCAAAGCUUGGUAUAAGACAGCAAUUCUUGUUCCUCAUCGAAACAGGGAGCCACAUUUGCGCCAACUUCUAUAUUAUCUUCAUCCAUUCCUGCAGCGUCAACAGCUUCAAUAUGCAAUAUAUGUCAUCCAUCAGACUGGAAAUCGUACAUUUAACAGAGCAAAACUGCUUAAUGUUGGAGUGAGAGAAGCACUAAAGGAUGAAGACUGGGACUGUCUGUUUCUACAUGAUGUUGACCUUAUUCCUGAGAAUGAUCACAAUUUGUACGUUUGCAAUAAAAGAUACCCCAAGCACGUAUCCAGUGCUAUGAAUAAAUUCAAGUACAGGCUACCUUAUAGGAUGUAUUUUGGUGGUGUUUCAGCCUUGACUCCUGAUCAGUACAUGCGAAUUAAUGGCUUCCCAAACACAUACUGGGGUUGGGGUGGAGAAGAUGAUGAUAUUUCUGCUAGGAUUUACUUUGCAGGAAUGAAGAUAAUUCGAACACCCCUCUCACUUGGACAUUACAAAAUGAUAACACACAGUAUGGAUGUGGGUAAUGAAAAAAAUGAAAAAAGAUUUGACAUGGUAGUGAAGGUAUCAAAAUCAUGGCGAUCUGAUGGAAUGAAUUCUAUCAACUAUAGUUUACUUAAGAGAGAAGAACUUCCUUUGUAUACCAACAUUACAGUGGACUUUGGAAACAGCCCAAGUGUUUAGGUGAAAGGUCAACUGCAAAUGUCAGUCUCCUCGCAAGCUAAUAGUAUGCUUUAAGGGGUUUCUCUAAAUGCUGUAACAAAUGGAAGUUAUUGGAUAUGCUGGAAAUCCAAAGACAUUCAUGAAGUCUAAAGGGACAAAUAUAAACUCACUGCAUCAUAUCCUUUUGGAGUUACAUUCAGAAUAAUAUUCCAGAGUUUUCAAACAUUAGAGCUAUUUGAUAAUUGUCAUCUGCGGAAAACUUCUUUGUUAUUUAUUAUUUAUGAUAUAUCUAUUUGUGCACAUUGAAAACCUAAAUUGUGUGACUUUCAGGAUAAAGUUAUUGAAUGGUUAAUUUAUAUUAUUAAACAUUUAACUUCAGGUUUUGGAAAAUCACAUGGUCGACUUCAUAACUGUCUCUGCAGUGGAAUUUAGGAAAUCAAUAAACCAAAGGAAAUUGAUAAAUUUAUACAUUUUUAUGAAUGUUGCAUCUUAACUAUUCCCUUUCAAAAUUACAGCUUUAAAUGGCCACAGUAUUGUUAUAAUAAUAAGGAAAUGUAUACAGAUACAUGAAAUUCAUCAUAAUAUAUUUGGUUUGCAUGUUAUUUUCAUACUUCGAUAUUCAUCAACACUUGUAGGGUGCACUAUGGUGACAUUUCAGUCGAUGAAGUGGGUUUGCUAUCAAUCUGCUAACGAGUUUCACCUUGAAAUUGGAGGAAUUUUGUUUUUAUGAAAACUUGAAACUAAAUUUGGUUCUGAUACAUAGAAGUACUUGCAUAUAUGCAAUAUAUUAAUGAGUGUGUCAGUUUGAAAAAACCACCACUUAAUCUGUAUAUGUUAUUUCUAUUAUUACAUUUUUUAGUAAGUUAUCUUUCCUGUGCUGAAUGCUACUUUGAUUCUUUAGUGCUAGUCAUUUAUUAUGAUUGUCUUCUGUUAAGUUAAAUAUUUGUCACUACAUAAAGUGGUCAAACUUGUUCCUUACUCAAGUCUUAUCCCCUCUUUUCAUUUUUCCUCUUGCAGUUCUUACCUUGUAGUUACUUUUCAUAUUGACUUCUUAUAGGUAGCGCCAUCUGCCUGGCUUCCAAAGGAACAUGAAUAUUUCUCACAAAAUGCAGCCUGCUGACUUUCCCCAUGCCUUUUUGUUUAUUUUUUUAAGUAUGUGACUUGUGUCAGCAAUUUGCCUAGAACGCAUCCUCUGCCUCUGAUCACAUCCUAGCAAUAUAUUAUCCAAUUGAGAUGACUUGUUUCUUCUAAAUAGAAUGGAGUUCUGUAGCACAGCUGUGUACCCAUUUCUGUUCUAUGUGUGUAUUUCCAGGUUCUUGCUGUUAACUUGUAUGAAAAUGACAUAUUUGAACUGAGUUCAUUUGAAAUUGUAAUAUAACUGCAAAGUAAAAUUGAUCCAAAAGGAUAUCUAUUUUUAACGUAAUAAAGAAAAUGUUGGGAAUGCUCGGAGGGCUAAGUAGCAUCCAUGGAAGAAAAACCAGUGUCUGUCAUUGAUCUCAAACUUAACCUUGUUUCUCUUUCAAGUUGCUGCCUGAUCAGCUAAGCAUUAUUUAAAUUUUCCAGUACCUGCAGUAUUUUGCUUUUAUAUUGUAAUUUAAGUUAGAUUUCUGGGAAGCCAUAAAAUCCUGCACUGAAGGUCAUCAUUUUCCCCAUUGUGCCUUUUGUCGCCUCUUUAGAAGAGCUAUAUAAUUAGUUUUUACUUGAUUACUCACGAAAACCCUGCAAACGUUCACUUUUUAAGCAGAGAACAAAUUCCACUUCUGAAAUCUAAAUUUAUACUUGUAAUUCACUGUGAACUCUUAUCACCCCUUUGCUUUCACCUGGUGGUCUAUUGUAGGGAUGAAAGCGAAGGGAUGUUUCUGUAUUACCAUGGUGAAACCUGUGUCCUUGGUAUACUAAUCUUCUUUGUUGACAAAACAAUUUCUCUGCAUUCAUUCUAAUGUAAAUGCAUCAAUUGUUAACACCUGUUCAAUCUCCCCUCUUUAGGGAGAACAAUUUUGCUUUCUGCAGAUUACAAAAAGCCCUCACCCCCAUUAUAAUUGUAAUUUUUAAAAAGUGUUGAAGGCCAUGGUUUUACUACUUAAGGUGUAUGUUUAUUCUUCAAGUACACAGGUUAUAUUAUUGAAUAUAUGCAAGGAACACUCAACAGUAAAUAAAUGGAAGUUACUAGAUGAGAAAAGAUAAUUUUGUUCAUUUUCAAACUGUACUGAUAGUUAUUCUGUUGUUCAUUAAAUAGUCUACAGAUGAAACAAAGCAAUGCUUAAGAUGAUUAUUCAACUGGUCCAAAACUUAGUAGAAAAGAAGAUUUGAAAACUGUAAUAUUGCAGUGGAGAUCUUUCAUAAAGACCCAUCAAAGAGCCUGUUGCAGACACUUGAAGGGUUUUCUUCAUAGUGAAUGAGAAUUCCACAACUUUUCCUUGCCUUGUAUUGUUUUGAGUUGGUUUCUAAUUUGAAAAUUUACUCAUGGAGCCUUUGUUCACUGAUGGUAGUCACAAACCUGUUUAAGUGGCACAUGUUGGCAAUUGAACACUCACAAUGCGCUGGAGGAACUAACAGGUCAGUCAGCAUCAGUUGAAAAGAUUAGUCGACGUUUCCGGCCGAAACCCUUCGUCAGGACACAUGUUGGCAAUUGUUGUCCAAGAUCUGUUUUGAGCGUAUUAAAAUAUCUGAAAUUUGUAUUCUGAUUCUUGAUGUUUUCACUGUAAAAAUUGUGUAGUAAAGAUACAGUAGCAUCCAUUCAAACUUGGAGAGCUAAAAAAUUGUGAUUGUGGUGAAAGCAGUAAUCCACCAUGUCCUGAAGAGAUUCCAUAGUAAUAAGGAAACAUCAAUGUUUGUCAGAUUUUAGACUAUACAAUAUUGUCUUGAUAUGCAGAAUAGGAGUUCCAAACUAUAUUAUAAUUUCUAAAAUGGUGGCUGUGCGUAAAUGUGUGCUGCCAAGUUAACAUUUGUGUUGGAUUAAUAGAAAUGUGGAAAUGCAAACAUUUUCAUUUGUUCAUUAACUAUAAUUCUGCAAUACACAUAAGAAUCGUCUAUAGUUUUAAAUAUUGGUAUUUUUUACUGAUCUAUAAUUGGAAAGUUGCAUGAAGUUGAGAAAUAUUGCUUACGAAUAGUUGGUAUCAUAAUUAUUGAAUUGCACAGUAAGUGGAUUGAGGCUAAACAAGCCAAAAAUAGUUUGCAAAUGUUACUGUAAAAGCUAC